CCAUCCAUCGCGUGGCCUUCACCGCUUCGCUGUCUUGCUCCCUCGCUGACCCAACAACGCCUGCUGCUCGACUGUCUGUUCCUCCCCCCAACGAAAUUCGUCACCGCCUCACUCGUCUUCCACCAAGCCCUCGACUUGCGCAGCAGAAUUUCGAUUUCGAUCCAACCCGAUCACUUUCCCCCUGCUAUCGAGGCCGAGUCUCCGGAGGUUGCAACGCGCAGAAACUCCGUCACAAUGGCUGAAACGGGCCUCUUCUCCGAUAACCUCAUUUCCCCCGCUGUUGCCUCUGCGCUGCCCGAAGGCUACGUCGUUCGCGCUCUUCGCCUCUCCGACUACAAUGCUGGCUUUCUCGACUGCCUCCGCGUCCUGACCACUGUCGGUGAGAUCAGCGAGUCCCAAUUCGCCGAACGCUACAACUGGCUAUCCAAAAGCGAUGGUUACUAUAUCCUCGUCAUUGAAGACACAAGUAGGAAAGCUGUUGUUGGAACCGGUGCCUUGAUUGUCGAGCGCAAGUUCAUUCACAGCCUGGGUCUGGUUGGCCACAUCGAGGACAUUGCCGUGGCAAAGGACCAGCAGGGGAAGAAGCUUGGACUGCGUAUCAUCCAGGCCCUUGAUUUCAUAGCCGAAAAGGUCGGCUGCUACAAGAGUAUUCUCGAUUGCAGCGAAGCAAACGAAGGCUUCUAUGUCAAAUGUGGAUUCAGGAGAGCUGGCCUGGAGAUGGCUCACUACUACGAGGGAGACAAGAGUAAGGCCCAGUAG